AUGGCCGUCCUGGACACACUCUUCUUCCUGCUGUCGUACAUCUCCAACCUGGAGCUCUGGAGCUGGUUCCAGAGUGCGCUGCCGGCGUGGCCCGUCAAGAAUCAGGACCUCGUCGACGCGGUCGUGUCCGCGCAUUACGUGGACCCCGACACCGGCCUCGACGCCUGCGUCGCGCAGCGCGUGAAGAGCUCGUUGCGGAGCGCGAGCUGCGACUAUCUCAGCGUGAAAGACAUCUGUCCAGAGCUCUGCGAGUUCUCGGACGAGGGGGCUCUGGUGUUACGUUGCAGGGUGGGGGGUAUAGAAUUCGAAGUCCGGGAGCCCGACCUCGUCGACCUCAACGAGCUGCGGGACCGCGUAAGGCUGUGGGACCGCUUGGGGGUCUUACAAGCCCUUCGAGAAGCGCGCAUGCUGACCGGCGUCCGAAAGUUUGUCGGGACGUCAGCCGGGUCCAUCCUAGCCCUCAUGGGCGCGCUGAACAUCUGCCCGAAAGAGGUGUUGCGGUCGGUCUUGUCUUACGAAGCGGCGCACUCGCUCCUGUUCUCCAUCCGAAUCUCCAAGUUGUUCACCGACUUUGGUCUGGACGACGGCGAGCGGCUAUUCGACUUCAUCUUCAGCAUUCUAGAACGCCUGAGUCCAGGAUUUCGUGACCUCACUUUCGUAGGGCUAUUACAGAAGACUGGGAACGAGUUGCACAUACCGACCACCUGCGUGACCACGGGGUCGCUGGUGCUCAUGUCCGCGGACACCACCCCCGACCUCAAGAUCGCGACGGCGAUACGCGCCUCCUGCUCCAUCCCUCUCAUCUUCACCAGCCCUAUUAUCGACGACAAGCGCUUCUGCGACGGAGGGCUGGUAGCUUACAAUCCCGUGUCGUUGGUGUCCCAAAUCCCUCCCGAGGAGAAGCUGGCCAUCCUCGUGCUGCCGGACUACGACCGAGAGGACGUGAACGACGUCCUGGCAUUCACCGCUCGAGUCAUCAGGCUGGUGUGCACCUACCAUCAACUCCAGGCCAUAGAGCGGGAAGAUUGGGUGUUCUCGUCCACAUCGACCGACGGGAUGGGCGUUACCAUACCAGAUACGACCGCCAUGGUGACCGAUUUCGAACGAGGCCGAAAGGAGGCGGGCGUUUACCUUCUAAAGCGAUUCAAGCCCAAGGAUAAGCUGGAUUGA